AUGAAUUUAGACCGAGCCCUUCUUCUUGGGCCAUUAUGUGCGCCUCUUGCCUACGACCCUUCAUUCAAAGGUUUGUGCGUGUUGUCCUUCUAUUACGAAGCCCUCGCCAGGUUGUAAAUCAGACCGUAGCAGAUUCACCUGUUUUCCUCGCAUCCUGCAGUUGAGGUCCGCCUUCAUGAGCCACUCUGGAAGGUUCAGUUUUCUCCAGAAGAUGUUGCUAUUGAAGUUGUGGCUUUGUGUUCCCAGCUGGAGCCACUACUUUGCAUGAAGGAGUACGCU